AUGAACCAGGCCACCUCCCUCCCUUCGCUGUCUCCUUCGUCGUCAAUUGAACGACUCAAUCUCGAGCUGUCUCCUGUGAUUGAGGAGUUGAGGAACAUCUGCGAGCAAGAUCCGAUCUCUCCGCAACUCGCCCUGACGGCAACGGAAAGCUUGCUCCGGCUGCGUCAUACCUUUAUCGAUAACGACCGCCCGAAGGAAGCGAAAGAUUCCUUCCGACAUCAGAAUGGUUUCCAAUUGUUGUUGGUCCUCAUUAGCAAGCUCGCAGAUAUCUAUGAUGCAGAACUACCCAAGGACGAGAAGAAGGGUCUGUUGACUCUACACAAGGAUGCGUUGGGGGUCCUGGCGGAGGGCUUGAAGGAGAAUUUCGGAAAUAAACGAUACUUUACAAAGAAGAUUACCGGUGGGGGCAAGACCGUGUUGGAGAGGUCUUUGUUAAGUCUAGCCACUAAGCUGGGCAGCGCGGAGACUGAGACACAGCAGUUCUAUGGUGGAAUUCUGGCAGCAGCACUCUGCCAGGAAACGGUAGCUGGCCUGUUCACGGCUCUGGCCGCGAAGUCUCAACAGAAUGAGGAUCCCAUAUCUCCUGGCGACGUCCGACAUUCCGUGGACAACGGCAUGGGAACAUCGGAGACCGUGGAAGUUUCCGAGCUCCUGGGGCCUUUCCUUCGCGUGUGGCUGGCGCAAUCCUCGCUCAACUAUGGACAACAUAAAGCCCAGAGACUAGCGGUUCCUGCUUGUCUCUGCCAGCUCGCGUCGCAGUCAGAAAGAAAUGUUGUAGCCCUACAUGCUACUGGGAUGCUAACCUCCAUCUUACCAUUGUUAUUCAGCAAUGACUGUCCUGAAGACGAGAAAUCGUUAUACCAAGAACUUGCUCGACUACUCUGCGCUCAAGGACUGAGCAAUUUGGAUGAUGCGGUUGCCCUUUACCGCAAUGCGCACGGUAGCUCUGACAUCCUGCGGUUCCUACUCGACGUGUUAAAACGAUCUAAACAACCUCCAUCCAUACAUUUUGAUUUGUCAUUGCAUGGCUACUGCUCCGUGGAAUUUUCUAGUCUAGGUCGUACGUUCCCGCCAGCGACCUCUGCGGGCUACACUUUAUCAGCAUGGGUUCGGUUUGACCGGUUUGAUACUAGUACGCAUACAACCAUAUUUGGGGCAUUUGACGCGAGCCAAACAUGCUUUCUGCUUAUGUACCUUGAAAAGGAGACCCGCCAUUUGAUAUUACAAACUUCCAUAAGCGGCCCUCGUCCCAGUGUCCGAUUUAAGACCAUAUCUUUCCAACCCAAUCGAUGGUACCAUAUUGCUCUUGUCCAUAAAAAGCCCAGACCGCCAUCCUACUCUCGAGCUUCGCUAUUCAUAGACGGUGAAUUUGUCGAACAACUGAAGAUAGAGUAUCCGAAUGUUCCCGUGACCAGUGUUCCGAACAAAACACCCCGGGUACAAGCUUUCUUCGGGACUCCGCAGGAUCUGGCGAUGAGAUUGGGAAAGGGCGUAUCAACCUCUCGAUGGUCAUUAGCAGGUGCGAUACUGUUGGACGAGGCAUAUAGUGAUGACAUGAUUUCUGUUUUCUAUAAUCUUGGCCCUCGAUACUAUGGCAACUUCCAAGACUGCAUGGGGUCGUUUCAGACUUACCGAGCGUCUGCGGCCUUGAACGUGCGAAAUGAACAUUUGCACCCUGGCAAAGAAGAACUUUCCGAUAUCGUUACGGCAAUUCGACGAAAAGCAAGUGCGCUAGUUCGUGAGGGAUCAAUUUUGGUCAAUGUCUCCCCAGUUGCCAUUCUGGAUGACGAUGAUAGCAACAAUGUCGACGAGUCGCAACUUGUCAGGUGUUUAUCCCGACCGGCAGCUAAAAACUUACAGCAACUCACGAAAGCUGGAGGAAAUUCGGUGGCUGUCAAUGGCGGGACACCUGCGAUCAAUGGUGCAUUGACGCAAACCCAUGGAGUGGGAGUUUUAGCAGGUGACCCUGUCGUUGCGGUGCCACAAUCCUUAGAUGAUGCGAGCUGGCGCCUUGGCGGCUGCGCAGCGGUGCAUCUGAGCUUGGUCCAGGCGGCUAAUACUGCGGAUUCCUUUCUGAUGGCAGUAGAGGCGCUGUACGAAUCUGUUCAGGAUAACUGGAGGAACAGUGACGCCAUGGAGCGGGAAAAUGGCUAUGGAAUACUCGCAGCCUUGCUGCGUGAAAAGCUUGGCUGCCCAUUGGGUAACUACACCGCAGCCCCAAAGACUUCCGUUGUAUGCUCCAGUUAUGAGGAGCGAUCGGCUGUGGCCUUCAAACUCCUCCGCUUGACUCUCGGCUUCGUGGGGUAUGAUUUUGAGCAUCCGCAUCGCUCUAUUAUCGUCAACCCACUCGCAUACAGAAUUCUCAUGGUUGAUUUGGAUAUAUGGAGAUUCGGCGAACUUGCUCUCCUCGAACUGUAUUACUCCCAGUUUUGUACAUUUGCCACUGGGGGCCCUUAUCGUCGUUUCAAUGCAAAGCGCCUCUCUCGCAUGCGCGUCACCAAGAAGCUGCUGGAAGCUCUGAAAGGAGAGGAUUUCACCCCAAAUGGCUUGCGUCUCUUCACAAAGGCCUUCAGAUCGCUUAUGGAGAGUUGCCUGUCUGCAGACUUGCUUCGUUCCCUGGCCCUUUUCAUUACUUACGCUUUGCACAAACCAAAGGCACCAACUAAAUUGCAGAAAAAGAAGAGCAUUCGGUUAAACUCCUCCCCGCAGCUAUCAACAUCUUCCUCUGGACAGCGGGAGUACGUAUCGAGCUCUGCCAUGGCGGUCGAGAUGCUGCGAAUGUAUUGUUCCGUUCUUUGCAAUGUUCACGAUCUCUUAUCAUUGACGAAGUUUGCUCGUGCCGUGACAAAUAAGGUUGGUUUCAUAAACACGCCACCCCUUUUGUGGCUUUUGUAUCUCACAUGCGAGGAUGAUCCUGAAAUCGUUAUUCCUGCAACUAAAAUCCUUGCCCGUCUAGUUGUCUUUCACGGUAGCAAUUACAGCAAAAAGUUUUCUGACAGAAGCGGAGGAUACGUUGUCCUGCAAAAUCGCCUGAAAAGAUGGUGGAAUGUACCCGCUCUAUGGCCUUUAUGCUUCGCUGUAUUGUUUGGCGUGGAUGUUGGAUCGAUGGAUGUUGAUAGACCAUUAGAUGGCUCUAACCUGCUAGAGACACUGUCUGCAGGAGACAACACGAAGGUUGUCUUUCCUGAAAUGCUGCCUGUGAUCACCGAAAUGAUGAGAAGCGGCUUGAGAAAGAUCGUAUUGGCCGAACACAGCUUCGAGCAGCGCAACGGGUCUCUCAAGGAGCGGUUGGCACAGAUGACGAAGCCAUCCAUGUCUGCUUCGAGACCUGUCGAUCAAACCAUCGAAGAAGUUUCCCUUUUAGCUACUGCUGUUGAACUCUUGGCUGUGGUACAUGCCAAAUCGGAAGAUUUUCGCGAAUUUGCAGUGCAGUCCGAUUACGUACAGGGGCUACUCCGUGUGCUGUUUCCAGUUGUUGUUGGCUCGGAUAUUGUCAACGCAGACGUCGAGCUGAACUCUCAUGAUGGCGGGCUCAGGCUGGAUGACCUCAGCUUGGCCAUCCGCCCUAAGUCGGCUGGAGCAGCAGACUUACGAACAAGAACUGUGGAGCAAGGAGGGACUCGACGGAAUAGCCGUGGUCAAAAACCUCUGCGCCGCGGAUCGUCAUUCAUCCUCGUUUCAUCCGAUCAAGUGCACCUUGCGCCCUCUCACGCACGUUUACACCAUGCGUUUACGCCUUCCCAUGCUAAGGAAAAUGGGACUGCCACGGAUAACCCUGUUGUAAUAAGCAUUCUGGGCCUCGUUCUCGCCGUAUUCACUGACCAGUUACUUGAGCGAAAAGACUUUUCUGGUUUAGGCCUUUAUCUGAAGACGCCACCUGGAUUCCUCGAACAUCAGGCAUGUUUUAAUUCCUGGUUAACGAAGCAUCUUUUUUCGGCUUUGCAAGAUGCUGUGUCCACAGAGGCCCAAUUAUUCUUGGAACCGAGAACACUCACCAACUUAGGACGUUUAGCCGCUCACGUUGCAGAAGCCAUAUACGAAGGCUGGUUUAUUGACGGUACAACCGCUACUCUUGAGUUUCUGGGGACGAUCCUAGAAUAUCUGCAACGUCCGGACAUCUCCAUGCUAAAGAGCGUUCGCCUUUGUAAUCAAGCCACUGCGACGAUGCGGUCGACACUCUUCCGAGCCGUGCUACUCCAACUGUCAGAGGCAGAUGAUCGGGAAACACUGGCAUUUUUAAAGCGUCUAAACUACUGGCAAGCAGUGAUACUCUCUACCGAGGAAUCUCACUCAGAAUAUCUGCAGCUGUUGUGCUAUCAGCUUUAUACCAAGCUAGUCAGCAAGAACGAAGAUGUCCGCCGGGCUGCCGUGGGCCUUUGGCGGAUCAUUCUGGUACAGAAGCCGGAUGACAUGUCUGCAAUUCUGAGCCAUGCAUCAGUGCCUCUUCAAAAACGUCUUCUGGAUGACUUUGACGCCCUUGUCAGCAUGGAAGAUGCUGCUUUUCUGCAAUGGAUUUCUGACCGAGGGGACGACCUUGAUGCUCUAUUUUUGGAAGCAUUAGGUAGAUCGUGGGACCAUUUCGUUCAUGAGGAAGAUGCAAGUACAGCGACCUCAGCACGCGUCCGCGUCUCGAAACGUCAAGAUAAAUUGAAGCAGUGGGUUCAUGGUGAGAAGCUUAGCGAAGAGGCGAUUCGCAAACAUGAAGCCACGCACCCACACUGGAUAUCCAACAUAUCGGCCUCGGAAUUCUUGAAAUACCAACGGUCCCUGCAAGAUCAACAGGAUGACUUGAUGUUCAUAUGGUCGACCUUUGCUCGUCUAUUAAUGGACCUUCAUCGUUUCGGAGGAGUCCUUGCGGAACACCGAGAGACAAAAUGGCGCCUUGACCAGACAGAAGGACGAAGUCGGAUGCGACUACGCGUAGUCCCAGACACGUCCAACGAGCGACAGGAUUACCAGCCGAAAAAGAGAAAGGUUUCAGAACCACCGGCGAUUAAGAUUGACACGCAAGUUCCACCGGCUUCUGGUAGCGACACACUACCCCUGGCGCUAGGGGAGGGCAACCCCCAAGUUGUGGAAGCAGACAACAAAGGUAUGCUGGAAGACAGCUUUGAAAUGAUUGACGAUCCGAAAGCGGUCAUGGCAGACUACGAGGAUAAGAACCGAAAGGUCAUGCGGACUUUGCACCGUGGCGAUCAGGUUCAGAAUGUCUGCAACAUGUCUCGGAUAAUCGGGUUGGAGGCUUGCGAGGGCCUCCUUAUCCUGGGAAAGGAUCAUAUUUACCUCCUGGAUAACUUCUUCCAGCGUUCCGAUGGCGAAAUUGUUAAUGUUUGGCAAGCGCCCCCGGAUGAACGGGAUCCGUACGUUCGAAUGAUUGCUGGACGGGAAGACGAUGAACGCAAGCCGCAGGAGCACGAGACAAGGAGUUGGAAAUGGUCCGAUCUGGUCAGCGUGUCUAAGAGACGCUUCCUGUUCCGUGAUGUGGCGCUUGAGAUCUUCUUUACGGACGGUAGCAGCUUUCUUUUGACGCUUGUCUCAUCGAAGGCCCGGGACGACUUGUCGAGCCAGCUGGGUUCCAAAGCUCCCCAGGUCACUGGAAGCGUCGGACACUCGCGGCCAGAGGAUAUACGGAGGUUCGAGACCCUCCGAAGCCAAGAAGAUGCUCCGCAGACUCUUGGGUCAAAAUUUGCAAGUGUCUUUGGCCACUCGCCGGAGAACCCAGCGACCCGGAAAUGGGCCAGAGGGGAAAUUUCGAAUUUCCACUACCUCAUGUUGGUCAACACUCUUGCCGGGAGGACUUUCAAUGACCUGACGCAGUAUCCUGUUUUCCCAUGGGUACUUGCUGAUUAUACAAGCGAGGAAUUGGACCUGACCAAUCCUAAGAGUUUCCGUGAUUUGUCGAAACCGAUGGGUUGUCAGACGUUGGAGAGAGAGGCUGAGUUCAGAGAGCGAUACAAUGCCUUUGCGGAAAUGGGUGGGGAUGAUUCGCCUCCAUUCCAUUACGGGACACAUUACUCUUCUGCGAUGAUCGUUAGCUCGUACCUUAUUCGUCUCCAGCCUUUCGUCAAGUCAUAUCUUCUCCUACAAGGGGGCACGUUCGACCAUGCGGACCGUCUGUUUUAUUCGGUUGCAAAGGCUUGGGAAUCCGCCUCGAAAGGAAACAUGUCAGAUGUGCGCGAAUUGAUCCCCGAGUUCUUCUAUCUUCCUGAGUUCCUGGUCAAUGCGAAUAACUACGAGUUUGGAGUCCUCCAGAACAUGACCACAGCCAUCGACUCGGUAGAAUUACCACCGUGGGCCAAAGGCGACCCCAAAAUCUUUAUCGCAAAACAACGCGAAGCCCUUGAGAGCCCCCACGUGACGCAGAACCUGCACCACUGGAUCGAUUUGGUAUUCGGGUGCAAGCAGAAAGGCGAUGCCGCCAUUGAAGCAGUCAAUGUCUUCCAUCACCUGUCAUACCAGGGCGCCAAGGAUAUCGACAAUAUUGACGAUCCGGUAGAGCGGCUGGCUACGAUUGGGAUCAUUCAUAACUUUGGGCAAACGCCGCAUCAGAUAUUCAGUCGGCCGCAUCCGCAACGGGAGGAUUUGAAGUACAAGGCGCCACGGUUGGAUCGGCUUGCAGAGUCGUUGACACAGCUUCCUGUUUCGCUCCUUGAUAUCGAGGAACGGGUGGCGUCGCUGUCCAUGAAGCAGGAUCGGUUGUUAUGCGCUGCUCCACUACGAUUGAAUAUUCCCCCGACCUACGACAAGUACAUGGAAUGGGGAUUCUUUGACGGCAGUGUCCGGUUCUACUCCGCAGAAAGUCGAAAGUUGUUGGGCCACUUCGAGCAUCUCCACGUUGGCCAGCUGUCGUGUGCCAUCUUUGCAGAUUCACGAACACUAGUGACGGCCGGCAGGGACUGCACUGUCUCUAUCUGGACGUACACGUCAGGCAGCAAAUCCGUUGAUCUGCAACCGGCAGGAACCCUAUUUGGCCAUCGCUCGCCGAUCACAGUUCUUGCAGUCUCGCGUUCAUUCAGCACUCUCCUGACAGCGUCCAGUGAUGGACAGGUCAUCCUCUGGGAUCUGAACCAACAAAGCUUCGUGAGGGAGCUUUCGACCAAUGGACCGGUCGAUUGCGCUCGCAUCAACGACGUGACUGGUGAUAUCGCUGUGUGCCGCGGCAACUGCAUCAGUUUGUACACGCUCAACGGCGCGUUACUGCUUCGCCAGGGUAUCUACGAAUCGGCCGACGAUAACAUCCUAUCGUGCGUGUUUUAUGAAGGGGUUAGUGAUGAGUGGCUGGAGCGAGAGCUCUUGUUUACUGGUCAUCGACGGGGAGUAGUCAACAUCUGGAGCAAAACGAUCCUCGAUGGACGGUUCGAGCUGGAAUUGAUCCGGCAGCUGCACCACACAGAUCCGAACCGGGACACUGGAGAGAAUAUUACGGCAGGGAUCAGUUGCAUUUUGGCGCUGCCGCAGGUGGUAUAUACGGGAGAUGAGGUCGGGCGAGUGUAUGAAUGGAGUUGCGUUCAGCGUCGGUAG